AUGGAAGAUUCAUCUUCAUCACCGCCGUACGACCUGUUAUUUAAAAGUACAUCUUUGCUUGCUAACAAGUUAGUUAUUCUUAUUGGAGAUUCGGGCGUUGGAAAGUCAAACAUUCUUUCCCGAUUUACGAAGGACAAAUUUAUGCUUGAAGCCAAGUCUACAAUUGGUGUUGAAUUUGAUUCUCGUUGCCUCCAAAUUGACGACAAGACCGUGAAGGCUCAAAUAUGGGAUACUGCUGGCCAAGAAAGAUACCGCGCAAUAACCUCUGCAUACUAUAGAGGGGCCUCUGGAGCCCUUCUUGUAUAUGAUAUCACAAAACAGUCGUCAUUUGAUAGCAUUCCGCGCUGGCUGGAAGAGCUUAGAGCACAUGCUGGAGAAGAUGUCACCGUGAUGCUUGUCGGAAACAAGUCGGAUCUUCGUCAUGCCAGAGAGGUCCCAAUGGAAGUUGCGCGCCAGUUCUCAAGUACGGCCUUGGUUUUUACGUAUAGUUGA